UUUUUUACGGCAUUCGCACGUAUUUGCUUAAUGAUCCUCUUCGCUUGCCAUAAAAAUCGACUCCGUCGGAAUUGGACAGUCGAUGCUCGGAGUCCGAUUAGAACAUGAAGUGUGUCAUUGAAGGGAAAAAUGUGAAAGUGUUUGGGAGAGCCGUCCAGGCUCUGUCCAGGGUCGGAGACGAGCUGUGGUUGGACCCCACCGUGAAGGGACUGGCUCUCAGAUCCGUGAGUUCUGCUCAGUCCGCCUACGCCUGCUUCAUCUUUUCGCCGCUGUUCUUCCAGCAGUACAGCUUGGGAGGUGCGCCAAAGCAGAGCAGUGAAACCGUCAAAUGCAAACUUCUGUUGAAGUCUCUGUUACCACUGUUCCGCUGUCUGACUUCCAUUGAGCGCAACGUUGAAUGCUGUCAAAUAUCAGUCAGUGCCUCCAGUGAUUGGGUGGUUUUCCAGUUUUUCUGCAGACAUGGCAUUACCAAAACCCAUAACCUACGUUUCCAGGAAAAAGAAGCUCUACAGGCAGAGUUUGCCUCUCGCCUAUGCAGAAAUGUGCUGAAAGCUCCUGCCAGGCUUCUCGGUGACGUGGUGAUGCACUUCCCGCUGUUUCAGGAGGAGAUAACUCUGUCCACGACGCCACUGCGAUUCAGCCUGAGAAAUUAUGAGGACAGCAGUGAAAGCCAAGUGAAGAUGAUGUACACAGAGAUGUCCUUACACCCAGAUGAGUUUGAACACUUUCAGGUCGACGUAGACUCUAAAAUUACCUUCUGUCUAAAGGAGCUGAAGGGUUUCUUGUCCUUCACAGAGUCGCAUUGCCUUCCAGUGUCGGUUCACUUUGACUCUGCAGGAAAGCCUGUGUGCUUUUCUGUGGAGGAUCUGCUCUUUGAGGCCACUGUGGUUCUGGCUACUCUGACAGACCCUGAAAGCACCGACUCCAUCCAACCUGCAGGGACUCAGGUCCACGCAACAUCCAGAUGUGUGGAUGUCGCUGCCCUCCAUGUGAAGGCAUGUGAAGGACACAGCAGAUCAGCCAGUAUCAGAGGCAGCACUGUCAGCCCCCAUCCUGACCCGAUUGCUCCUCUGCCUCAGACUCACCGAGCUGAUGAAGAAUCUGCAAGUGUCAAUGCAAGUCCAGCUUCCUCUGUGAUCUGCGCUCUUCUGUUCAAGGCCGUGUCCUCAGAGCAGGAUGACGGCGUUUGUGCUGCUACUCCGCCUGUUCUGGCCGGUGACACCGAUGAUGAGGAAAUGAUGGAGGAGCUCUGUCCAAGAAGCCCUUCACCGUGAGAGCCGUUAAGAUAGGUCCUCUGUUCUGACUUGUUCUUUCUGCUAAAUUCACAUUUAGUUUGAGUUUUUUCUCCAUUACCAACGCUUUGCCUUUUACUAACUUCAGGCAGGUAGCUUCAAAUAUUUAGGAUGAGGAUCUCCUACUUUGAUCAUUUAGCUUUUCAAAAUGUUCAUUAAUUAAAAGUGAAAAGUAUUCAUAAAAGUUU